CUAAAUUAUGAGCUUUGGACGUUAUCAUCCCUCUAAGUAAAAUUUUGAAUCUGAUAACAAUCAUUGCAAUUAAAAUGGAAAUAAUCAUGUACGUUUAAAAUAUGCACCAAUAAAAAUUAUUCAAAAUAAAGUAGGAAAUAAUUAAGAGAAAAGAAAAUAUCCUCCAUUAAAUUUGCGCUUUUAACCUGCUGACGAAAUUCCAGUAAAAUUAUAAUUUAAGAUAGAAACGUUAAGAUUUAACUGUGACCAUUCCUCUAAGUUUUCUAUAAUAAUUAAUUCAAUAGGCUUAUUCAAAUAAAUAAUUAAGGAGAAUUAAUAAUCCUUCAAUUAGAAUUGAAGAAAAUAGAAAUGAUGCGGUGGAAGAGUUAAUAAAAUAAAUAGAAAUUUAAUAAAAAGGAAUUUACUUUAUUGAUGGUAUUAUAAUAUUAUUAUAUUUUAUAACAGAGGAAUAAAAAAUUCAGAAUAUGCUUUUAUAAAACCAUAUGAAUUAUAUGCUUGAAAAUGUAGAAGCAAAAGAAAUAGUUGAUAAUUUCUUUCAAGAAAAUAUUAACUUAAAACCACAUUUCUGGAAUUGGCUAAAAUAAUUAGAAGUCAAAUCUAUUCAAGAUAUGUAUUUUUUAUGUCAUUGUGAUCCAAAAGGAUAAUAAUAAUGCUCAGAUAUGUUUAAAUUAUUAUUUUAAAAACUCUCUCUAGAAUUUUAUUCUAAACAUGCUUAUGCGUAAAUAUUAAGAAGUGAUUUAACAGAGAAAUUAAAAUAUUUAUCCUAAAUUGGAGAAAUUUUUAAUAAAAUAGCUAAACCAUAAGAGUUUUAUUAUUUUAAAUCAAGAUUAUAUGAAACUACAUGA